CCGGCCUACUAUGACCAGGAGAGACACCGUCAGACAUGUCUGCAUGCGCCCUGCCGCUGUCCCAUUGUGGACUGCAACUUUGUCGGCUCGACAAAGGCCCUCCUGGACCACUUUGACGACUUCCAUGGCUGGCCUUGUUUUGCCAGGUCAGGACUGGCCAGAUGUGCAACUUAUACCUCAAGGAUGGCCUCAACACCGUCAUCCUCCCUGACGAAAAGCAAGGCACCACUGCCCGCUGGCUGUGCCUGUUCCUGCUGGAUGUGGUGCGCCCGCUGCUUGGCUGCACGAUCUCCAUGCUCCUCAUCCACCCACAUGCUGCCGAUGAGCACCAGGGUUCGUGCUCCAUGAAGAUGAAAUGCGAGCUCACGUACUCAUGGAACCUUUCAUUGAGUUGCGGUGAUCAGGUGGAGCAUAGCCAGGAGUCCAAGUUCACCGCGACAUGCACUGAUCGAUCCACUGGACUGCCCAACCCUGACGAGGACUUCCAGUUUGUUGUGCCUAAUUCCGUUCUUGCAGACGAUGACAAGGAGAAAACUAUCAAGAGUUUGGCGAGCCUGAGCUCAGUCCUGCUGGCAGGACGCAGUGGUGGCACGGCCAAAUGCCUUGAUCGGCGUCUUCCUGCAGGCGGGCGGUGGUGAUGAGGAAGUUGAAGCCAUUAUGCGGAGGUUUUGUUAGGGCUGGGACGCCCAUUGGACAGACCAGUGCGAAUUGCUUUUAACACUGGCUGUGUAAAUGAAUUUCAGUAGGAGUCCUAGAUAUCUGUAUUUGUUUACUGAUUACAUGGGGAAAAUAUGAAACAGGACACCUAGAAAAAUAGAGGAAGUCAUGAAUCGGGACUA